UGGCUACAGCUCCAAUUUGACCCCUAGCCUGGGAACCUCCAUUUGCCGAGGGUGCGGCCCUAAAAAGCCAAAAAAAAAAAAAAAAAAAUUCUGCAGUACAACACGACGAUUCCGUUAUGUAAAUACAAAUGUUCUUCUUCCAUGUUCUUUUCCAUUGCGGUUGAUCACGGGAUUUUGAAUAUGGUCCCCUGUGCUCUAUGGUAGGACUCUGCUAUUUAUCACGGCUGGAGGUUUUUGACUGGGAGGUGCCAUGACCCAGUUGGUGUUUUGUGAAACAUCUCUGGUUGCUAUGGGAGAGGGGGCUGGAGGGGAGCCGGGGGCCCUGCGGGAGAGCUGACGAGCUGUGUGCAGAGAAGGCUGGGCUGUCCCGUGCUUGUUCAGGCUGGAAGCACCAUGAUUUGCUGAUGGAUACUGAGAAAUCAGAAGUCCUGCUGUGUCAGCCUCAGCCUGUCAGUGGCAAAGCAGGCGGCAGGGCUGCCUGAGGCCCUCUCCUGGUCCCCAGAACGCAGGCGAGGCCCCUGCAGACAUGCGUGGCUGGACUGGCCCUUGUGGUUGUGACUGCAAGACGCGCCCUAGCAACAACCAUCAGGAAACUUUGGAAAAAAACCAGAUUUAUUACUCAUAGGUCCUGGAAGGCUCAUGGGCACGCCCUCGGGCCACACAGCAAGAUCGGGGUAGAGAGGGGAGCGUGGACAGGGUCUCUGCCCCUAUCGGGGUCCAAGUGUGGGGAGGCCAGCACUCUUUAUUUGUUUUUUUAGGGCCGCACCUGCAGCACAUGGAGGUUCCCAGGCUAGGGAUCCAAUCGGAGCAACAGUUGCUGGCCUACACCACAGCCCCAGCCACGUGGGAUCCGAACCACCUUCUGUGACCUACACCGCAGCUCAUAGCAGCACUGCAUCCUUAACCCGCUGAGUGAGGCCAGGGAUCAAACCUGCGUCUUCAUGGAUACUAGUUGGAUUCAUUUCCGCUGCGCCACAUUGGGGACUUCCUUCCGGUUCAUCUGCGGCUUUAAAACCAACGAGUGGGGAUUUGGGCUCAGGAAGGCAACAGUGGGGUGACUGCAAUGGUCACAUUACCAAGGUCACCCAGGGCUGUCUGAAAGGGGACCUUCAUGGGUGGGGCCUCCUGGCUCCCGAUCUAGUUGUCAGCUGGGAGCUUCGUCCCACAGCUGGCGAUGUGUUCAUGCAAGAUGGAUGUCUUUGCAGCGGUUGCCUUGGUAACCAAAAGCUUAAUGUCAGACACUUAAGCUGUAAAUAUUUAUAUCGUGGUCUCCCUGCACGCCCCCCACCCCCCAUUCCUAAAAGUCUUGGAAUUCCUGGGUGAUAGGUGCAUAUUUGAUCCUAAUGAGAUGAUUCUUGGUGGCCUCUCCAAUUCCUGGAUGGGGCCUGUCACCAGAGAGACCAGCCGUGGUUGGGAGCUGGAAACUUUCGGCCGCAUCCCUGGUCUUCAGGGGAGGGAGGAGGGCCAGAGACUGACUUGAUAAGGUAGCGAGUCCACAUGAUGAGCCUCUGGCAGGGUCCCUCAUGCACGGGGCUGGGAAGGCUUCCAGGCUGGUGCUCACCCCCGUGUGUGGGGCGUGGCACACCCCCCAGGUCCACGGGGACAGAAGCCCCUGUGUUCAGGACACCUCUGGACUUGGCCCCGAGGGCGUCUUCAUCUGGCCGUCUAUCUGUGGCCUUUGUCAUGUGAGCUGGUGAGUGUGAAGUGUUGCCCUGAGUUCUGUGUAGUUAGAGCAAAUUCUUGAACCUGGGGAUUCCUGAACUCCCGAUGUAUAGCCAUUUCGGACAGAAGUGAGGGUGACCCGAGGACCUGUCACUGGUGAUCGGCCUCUGAAAUGAGGGGAGUCUUGGGGCGCCAAGCCUUCCACCUGCAGGGUCUGCCCCAACCCAUUAGUGUCAGUGUUUAAGUUUAGGGCGGAGUUCCCUGCUUAAGGGAACCGCAGGUUAAGGAUCCGGUGUUGUCACCACUGUGACGUGGGUUCGGUCCUUGGCCUGGGAACUUCCACAUCCCAAGGGCGAGGCCCAAAAAGAAAAAAAGCAUCAUGAGCGUGUAGGACCCCUGUUGGUAUCCGCAGAGAACUGAGAACUGCUCAGUGGAAACCCCACACAUCUGGUGUCGGUGUCCUGUGUACGGAGGGGUUUGCCCUUUUCGGUUGGCCGCGGGCGGGAGCGAGGCUGACUCUCAGGCAUUCGGCCUGAGCGCCUGGGUGGACUGUGGGACCGUGUUCUGAGCGGGGAGCCCGGGGGAGGUGGGUGCCAGGGGAUCUCAGGACUCCCUAGUUUGAGGUGCCCAUUGCGGGUGCAUGUCCCCAGCACCCAGCCUGCGUCUUGAAGUGGAGGCCUCUCUCCUCAGGCCCCUGGUACUGAGGGGCAGCCCAGUGCCCACUGCUGGCGACUCCCCCAGAGCUGUCUGUCCUCCUGCUGGAGAAAGAUCCACACUGAGACUUAGCCAGCAGCUGCUUGUUAGCUGUCAUGGGCGCAGUCACCUUCAUUCCCUGAGGGUUGACAGGGAGGAGGCUGCGCCAGGGCUGCUGGAGCUGGUCCCUCCAUGCCUCCUCUCUGGCCCAUGGCCAGGGCAUGGCUUAGAAGCUACCCCGCAGGCGACCUGCAGACCCAGCUCAGUGCCCAGCUCUCCUCUGGAACUGGGGGCCCUCAUUCUGCACCUGCCCCCCCCCCACCAGUUAAUACUGUGCAGUCAGUCACUUCCUCUCCUUGAGCCCUUGGCCAUGACCUCUGACCUCAUGACUUAGAUCUGAGUCACUGAUGAGUCACCAGGAGUGCUGGAAGGGGCCCAGGCUGCCAGCAAUGGGCACCCAGCAAGGCAGCUCGCCCCGUGCGCCCUCCCCCCUCUGCCCUCCCCAGCCUGGCCCUCGCCUCUCUGAUUCCUGGGCAGAGGAAGCGCAGUCCUUGCAGGCUGAUCUCAGUGGCUGUAGAAGGAGUAGAGUGGCUGCAGAAGGAGUAGAGCUCCUUCGUCCUGGGCAGAAGGGCAGUUUGCUUGACUGUUGGACGCUGCUCUAGGCCAUGCAGGAAAGGGGGCUUUUCCAGGUGUAAGUGCAGUUAAAAGAAGUGCUGAAGGUCUCCGUGGACCAUGAGCACUAACGAGGCGCCCUAUUCUCGAAAGACAUCAACCAGAAUGAAGACGUGUAGAGUCACACAGUUAACGCGUGGUCCCCAGGAGUCCAGCGUUCAAAGAGUCAGACAGCAGCGCAGCGUGGUCCCCAGCGGUGCGGUGCUGCAGAGGGAGGCUGUGUGUGUGUUGGGAGUAUGGGUUCAAAGGGGGGACCAGGGAGGAGGGACCCCUAAUGCUACGGAGAGGAAGGCUGGGCAAUGUGGGGGAUGCUCAACUUCAGUCCUGCGGAGACAGCAGGGGGCAGGAGAUGCCUGGACCACACGGGCGGGGGAGGGAGCCGGUGAGCCCCAGCACCAGGCUGCCUUUCGAGGGAAGGGAGAGCAGAGCUCUGGGGUGAGCAGAGCAGAGAGGGCCUUGAGGAGCCCGGGCUGAGGCAGAGGGAACUGUGAGGUCUGGGGGCUCUGAGCUGCCCUGGGACCUGGGAUGGGGUUGCGGCCAAGUCCACCCUGGUCUCCAAGACACAGGGAGCCCAAGUGACAUACACGCUCCCGGACCAGUUUAGGCAUGUGUUAAGAUGUCCCUGCAGGAAGGUGACAGGAUGCCAGCUGCUGAGCAGUAUCUUGCAGUGUCCGAGAGGCCAAGCAUCAGUGCCCCAGAAAACAUUGCUUGUGAACAGCAGAGCAGGCAUGGCCGUGCCGACUGGCCCUCUGCACGCACGGAUAAACGGAGGCCCAGGUUGGCAGAAGGAGCUGCUGUUUCCCUGGCACCUUGCAGCGCUCUGCUUGCUCUGGGAACUUACUUGAGUCACCUGUUCUGUCCCCGGCCCUGCCCUCCGAGAGCAGGAAAUGCCCAGACUAGGUGCCCUGACCAGUAUCCCUGAGGGCGGCUAGGUGGGCAGGUCUGUGCCGGAACCAGGCCACUCAGUGCAGCGGGGCCCAGCGUUGCCACAGCUUCCGAAGCGCAGAAGGUGAACGUUUGGAUCUUUUCCUCCAUUUUUUAGUUGUAGUGAAAUAUAUGUAAGAUUUGCCAUUGUAACCAUUUGCACGCGUACAGCUCCAUGGGAUCGCGAACAGUGAUGCCGAGCAGCCGUCACCCCCCCCACCCGCCGUCUGCAGACUCCUUCCCCCUAGGCACUAACCUCAGUUCCCCGCCCAGCCCCUGCCAGCCUGUGAGUUUGCUCUUGCAGGUGGCCCCUCUUGCAAGCCUCAGCUAAGCUGUGCAGUGCGCUGGGCUGCUGAUUUAAGAUUGCCAACCCCCAGGAGUUCCCUGGCGGCCUAGUGGUUAAGGAUCUGGCAUGGUCACUGCAGUGGCUUGGGUCCCUGCCAAGGUGCAGGUUGAGUCCCUACAUGCCGUGAGCACGGCCAAAUAAAGAUUGCCCACCCGCCCACCCCUCCUCCCCCUCCGUCCCCAGAGCCCCUUCCUGCUUGGGGUUCCCCUCCUACCUCAUCACUGUUAGACUCAGUGAUUUACUCACUGAUGCUGAUUCUGUCUCCUGGUGUCCUUGCCCCAAGGGCAGGGUGUUUUCAGUGUGUUCAUGGCUGUUGUGCAGUUGGGGCUGGUAGAUUUGGUUGCGUGAUACGCAGAUGCCUCCAUCAGGUAUCUGCCUGACUCCCAAGCCCACAUCUCAAAUGCAGGGGUGAGUCACUUCUUUGGAUGGGGCAUUGCCAGCUGCAGCAGCUCUCUCUUCCCUGCUGUGCCUCUGCAGCACCAUCUGUCAUCCCCACCUCCCUGUACAUUCAUCACCAGCCCUAAGAGGGCCUGGCAGGGCCACAGGACAGUGGCGGACAGGGCGGGCCGCCCAUCCAUCGCCUGCCCAGGUGAAGAGAUGCCCAGCCGUGAUGCCCAGCCUGGGAGUGGCACAUAGUGGGCAUUUCAGUGAGUGGUUUGUUGAAAAAGGAUUGACUCCUGCCUGGGUCUCCCCUCCCUUAGUGAGCCGGUCUUGGGGGCUCUUUCCCGGGACUUGUGCCUUCUCUGAUGCCUUCUCUUGAUGCCUUCUCUGGCUUUGUGGGACCUGCUGGUUUCCCCUGGGCCCUUGUGCUGGGAAAAGGGACUCUGGCUCGGAACGUCAGUGUCGGAAAGUAAGACACGUGAACACAGGGAGAUCUCGACAAGGCUCUUUCUUCUGCAGAAGGGCGCGGGUGCUCAGAAAGUGCAGGCAAAGAAAAGACCCCCCCCCCACGUUUAUCCCUGACACGGGUGGCAUAUCUGUCCCCUUCCCAUGGGCCGGGUCAGGGCCCGCCUUCUUCUUGGUUGGAUAAUUUGAAACAAAUUGUUACUGGUUGAAGAGGGAAGGGGCAUGGAGGAGGGUGUCCCAGACAAGCAGGAACAAAAUGGAGGGACCACGACUUCCUUUGAGAGAAAAGACACAUGAAUUCUCAUGCCUCCCUUUGGGACCCGCUUCCUACCUGCCCUGUCUGGAGGACAGUAACAUCUCCGGACCCGUGCCCGCCCCUUGGGUUGCCUGCGCAGUGAUCCAGGCCGUAUGCAUGGCAGGAAAAGCUAGAGAGCAGGCGGGGGGCGGGCAGGACAGAGAGCAGGUGGGGGGGUACCCUCCCUCCCCUCCCCCCACCCAGCUGGCAUUUCUGCUUAGCUGCUGCUGCCCCCCCCUCGAAGUGCCCCUUGCCUUGGGCAGCUUCCCUGCAGUCUCCCUCAAGGUUCCCUGAGUCCAGUCUAGUUGCCCUUCUCUAGAAUCGGGGUUCACAUCCAGGCUCCUCUACUCGCCAGCUGGGGCACCCUGGGUGAGUCACUAACUGUCUUAGGCAGCCUCAGUUUGCUCAUCUGCAGAAUGGGAAUAAUAAGGGAUUUUUGGGUUAAACGAGGUGAUGCCUGGCUCACUAAGUGCCCCUUCCUGGGCACAGCGAGGGCCAGUGUGACGUUUGUCACUCAAAUGAUUGCGGGGCUGAGAUCCACGGACCAUCUUGGAAGAAGCUGGCUCCUCCUGCUUUGGGGGUGCGGGUGCAGACCCUGCAGGGGGGAGCUCUGAGGGGGGGCGGCUUCCCUUGCAGCAUUGCCUAGUAGCCAUUUAACCUUGGGGGGGGGUCCGGGGGUCCCGGGAGCACAGGGGCUGAGGUGGGGUGUGGGAGACAGCAUCCAGCCCUCCCCAGGCAGCCACAUCACUCAGCUGCCCCGGCACCUGGCUGCCACGCCCAGCCUUUCCAGGAGCCCAGGUGAGAGGCCCCACCCCCUCCCUGUGACCUACAGCCCAGGGGUGGCAGAGACUGAGCCACUCACUUGGGGGACUGGUUCGACGGCAUUCCGCCUCCCUCCAUAAAACCUUGGGUGGCCUGCAGGGAGCCAGCACUCCUGUCGGCAGCUCCCACCUGCCAUGGAGAUUCCCGAGACCCACCCCGCCCCGAGGGGGCGCUGCCUCUGGAUCUUAACUGCCCUACUGCUUCUGGCCGCUCCAGCCGUCCCGGACGCUGCCAAGACAACUGGCCCCCCAGCCUGUGGGAAGCCCCAGCAGCUGAACCGCAUCGUGGGCGGCGAGGACAGCAUGGAUGCUGAGUGGCCCUGGGUCGUGAGCAUCCAGAAGAACGGCACCCACCACUGCGCAGGCUCUUUGCUCACCAGCCACUGGGUGGUCACAGCUGCCCACUGCUUCAAAGGCAGUCUGAACAAACUAGCCCAGUUCUCUGUGCUGCUUGGGGCCUGGCAACUGGGGAACCCAGGCCCGAGGUCUCAGGAGGUGGGUAUUGCCCGGGUGCAGCCCCACCCCGUGUACUCCUGGAAGGAGGGCUCCCGUGCCGACAUCGCCUUGGUGCACCUGGAGCGCUCCAUCCAGUUCUCGGAACGUGUCCUGCCCAUCUGCCUGCCCGAUUCCUCCGUCCGGCUCCCUCCGGGCACUGACUGCUGGAUUGCCGGCUGGGGGAGCAUCCAUGAUGGAGUGCCCCUGCCCCGACCCCAGACCCUCCAGAAGCUGAAGGUUCCCAUCAUUGACUCCGGAAUCUGCAGCCGCCUGUACUGGCGGGGCACCGGGGAGGGGGCCGUCACGGAGGACAUGCUGUGUGCCGGCUACCUGGAGGGGCAGCGCGAUGCCUGCCUGGGCGACUCCGGGGGCCCCCUGAUGUGCCAAGUCGAGGGCACCUGGCUGCUGGCCGGCGUCAUCAGCUGGGGCGAGGGCUGUGCGGAGCGCAACCGGCCUGGCGUCUACAUCAGCCUGGCCGCCCACCGCUCCUGGGUGCAGAGGAUCGUGCAAGGGGUGCAGCUCGGCGGGCACGCGCAGGGCAGUAGGCCCGCAGGGCGCCGGGGACGAGCUUCCGGGGUGCGGCGCGCUCCCGGGGCGGGCAGGGACCAUCGGGGUCAGGGAGCUGCCAGGAGACCGCGCGGCGCUUCCUCCUUGUGAAAAAGCCGACUACCUCUGGGGGGCGCCCGCGUGCCGGCGCCGGAUCGCCUCGCGGGGAGGCCCCGCCCCAGGCCGGGCCGGGAGGCCUGUGUGUGUAUAUACCUGUUAAUGAUUUUUACAGUUACUUGUAACCCCGCCCACAUGUCUUAUUUAUUCCUCCGAUUUCAAUAAAUUAUUUAUUUCCCAGUU